UAUUAGCAUUAGGUUAUUUUUGACAGCUGCCAUUAGAACAGAAUAAAAAGCGAACGAAUCAGGACGCCAAAUCGAAGUGACUACAAUUUAAUCGAUUUUACAUCUCAGAAGUGGGAUAGUGAGCCCAAAAUGUCCGUAGAUGACCAGAGAGUGACUAAGGAUGAGAUGCUGUGCGCACUCCAGUCGGCCGAAAUAACCGUGCCAUGUACGGCAACACUGAUGCAGAUCCGUGCUCUCUAUAAGGAAGCGUACCCUAGCUCGCAACAAAAUGGCGAUUCCAACGACACCAUGUGCAACGCAGCCAUUGCCGAAAGUAAAGAAGAGAGCGUCACCCAGAUCAUGAAAACUGAUGUGAUCAAAGAAAACGACGAAGCUGCAGCAGAAAUUGUGCUCCUAAAGCAAAAAUGUGAGAUACUUGAACUGCGGAACAAAUUAGCAGCGCUUGAGAGCCAAAGUCGUGAAUACUCCAAUACAGCUAGAUUGAUUCAUCCGGAAGAGGUUAAGCAGAUUAUUCCGAUGUUUGGAGAGGGUGCCAGUUUCUUGCAGUGGAUAAAAACGGUAAAACACAGUGCUGAAGUUUAUGGUUGGACCGACCAAAUGACAUUGAUGUACGCUAGCAGUCAGCUAACUGGCGCUGCAAAGGAGUGGUACAGUGGUUUCCGGCAUUCUGUAACAUCGUUUAAAGAAUUUGCCGAAGGAAUGGGAAAAGCUUUCCCAGACACGCAUAAUGAAGCUGCUAUUCACAAGAAGCUGUUGCAUACAUUCAAAAGGAAUGAUGAGUCCUACGCCGCCUACAUCUUUCGUGUACAUGCCCUUGGAACAACUGGGAACGUGAGUAACGCAGCGAUUAUAACAUACAUCAUCCGAGGACUAUCGCGCGAUCCCAUGUAUGACAACUUAGUGGCGAAAGAAUAUCGUGAUGUGUAUGAUCUGAUUGAUCAUGUAAACCGAUGCGAGAUGCAUUACCAAAUGCGUGAACCACCGUCAUCCCCCACUCGUCCACAACCUUCAAGCCGUUUUACAUCGAUGCUGAAAACCAACACCAAACCAGCCAAUGGGCGAGAAGAAAUGGUGCGAUGCUACAAUUGUUCGAGUUUCGGCCAUUUUUCCAACCAGUGCCGAAAACCACGUCAGUCUGCCCAACUAUGUUUCUUGUGUGGAAGCCCUGAUCACAAGAAACAAGACUGCCCGAACGUUGCCCAGAGGAUGCCUGCCGCUAUAUUUGCACCGUGCGAUCAGCAGAGUUUCCAACAUCAGUGUCCGGCAUCACGAUUGCCUCAAUCCGGUGGCAAUGAUUACUCACAUCUGAACCUGUCGAUGGCUGCUGCAGCAGAAAACAAUUACGGAGAUGAUAAUGGAAAUCAAGUGACUGGUUCAGGAGCUAGGAUCGAUCCAAUUCAGGAGCCCUAAAAGUUUCAUCAGUGAACAACUUGUGCCAAACAUCAAACAUACUCCUCAAUUUUCGGGAUUCUGUGGAUUAGGCAACCAGCAGCUUACAUCUUUGGGCCAUGUGAACAUUAGAAUAAAAUUUCGAAAUAUCAACGUUUCCCAUUCCUUUAUGAUACUGCCAAAACAACAAACAGCAUGGCCCUUGAUUGCAGGAAGGGACUUAUUAAAAAAGAUGAACAUCCAUUUACAUUACCUUUGUUAUCGUUAUUCUCAAGACAAUCUGAUGAACUUACUAAAAGAAAAUAAAUCUACUCUUGCAACACACGUGAAAGCGCGCCUUAAUUCAUUGGGGAUUUUUAAAACUAAUUCGAAGGAUGAGGCAGACAUUUGGACGCAAUCUAUUUUCCAAUCAGACCAGAAAAGAUACGAUAGUGUUGAUGAUCAUAAUCAGACCAACGAUAGUGGUACGGAGGCUGAGAGUAUUUUGAGGACUUUUUCAGAGUUAUGUGCUAUUGAUAUUAGUAAGGAAGCGAACACAUUGGAUAUAGGAAACGAAUUGAGUGAAGACCAGAUGUGUCUGAUAGCUUCAUGUGUGGAAAAUAACUAUCUUCAGCCCUUAAAUGAAACUAUUCUUGAAUCACAACAUUCAAUGAAAAUAAGUGUUACAAAUGAUACUCCAAUAUUCUGUAAACCUAGGCGGUUGUCUUUUGCCGAACGCAAUCAGGUUCGUGAUAUAGUUAAAAAUUUAUUAGAAAAACAAAUUAUUCGACCCAGCAAUUCACCUUACGCAUCUGCUAUUGUGUUAGUACGGAAGAAAAAUGGUGAGGUACGAAUGUGUGUUGACUACCGUCCGUUAAAUAAGAUAACAAUUCGUGAUAACUAUCCAAUACCUUUAAUUGACACUUGCCUCGAACACCUAAGCGGUAAACGGUAUUUCACUCUCUUAGAUCUCAAAAGCGGCUUUCAUCAAAUUAAGAUGCACGAAGAUUCUAUUAGUUACACUGCCUUUGUAACACCUGACGGACAGUAUGAAUAUCUGAAAAUGCCAUUUGGGCUAAAAAACGCUCCCUCAGGAUUUCAAAGAUUCAUUAACUCAGUACUGCGAGAAUUCAUCGACGAAGCCAAACUAGUCGUCUAUCUUGACGACAUAAUCAUAGCGUCAAAGACGUUUCAAGAUCAUUUAGAAACUCUAGGUGCUGUUUUAAAAACUCUUAGGAAGAAUGGAUUGGAACUGCGUAUUGACAAA